AUGGCCCUGAAGUCGGAUCUGCUGCUGGUGACCGGUCCUUUUGCCCUGAACAGCUGUCUGGUUCGUCGUGUCUCGCAGAACUACGUCAUUGCGACCAAGACUCGCGUCGAUCUGCGCAAAGUCAAUAUCCCGAAGCAUAUCAUCGACGGCCACUUUCGUCGGGCAUGCAAGAAAACCAGCCACAUUGAGAAGGACAUCUUCAAAAGGAACGUGCCGUCGGAGCAGCGCAAGGCCGACCAGAAGAACGUCGACGAGGAGGUCCUGAAGGCCAUCAAGCAGAGGCGACUCGUGCCCGAAUGAAGUACCUGUUCAAUGUUAAAACAUUUUUUACAAGCUUUUUUUCUUUCCAAUGGCUUUUAUUUUUACGUUUUAUUAUUUUUAUACUAUUAUAAUUUUCUGUUUAUGCAAAAAAAUAAUAAAAAUUAUGAUUAAGACUUUUUUAUCUCGUUAAAAUGUAUUUUUAAGACUUAAUCAUUAGCGUGGGGAAUGUGGAAAAAUAGAGCAAUCGCUCUGCCAUCCUUAUCGAAAUUCAAGGGAAGUUAUUGAAUAUUAUACUGAAUUUUAAAAGUAUUCAUCAGGAUGUUCAGAAAAAAAAAACAUAUCCUUAACAAAAGAAAACUGUUUGUUGGGCUUUUUUAAGCUAACUUGGUUACUAUUUAAAAAUUAAAUUGACAUUUUACUUUAUACUUUUUAGAACCAGGUCGUAUCGCUUUUGAUCCUUUGUCAAAUUUUUAGAGAAUCGAAUUUACUCACUUUUAUGUCCUCAUGGUUUUGGAAUUCAAUUUCCGAAUAAAAAGAAGGGCUUUUGAUGUUAAAAACAAAACUAUAUUGACAUGAAUCCGAGAUAAUUAAAAUAUUUGUUUUUAGCAUCAGUGAAAAAAUGUUUUCAGAACAAAUUCAUGCUACAAUAUAUGAUAAUAAUAUAUACAACUAGAGUGAACCGGGACUACAGUCUCAAUAAACACAGUCGUUUUUGGAGCAUUUAAUGGCAUCAAAUCUUAAACUUUUUAGGACUGCAUCCGCUUUAAAUAGAACCAUCCGAAAAAUAAAAUAACGAUCAUGGUUGAAUCUACUCAGUAGCACAGCACCUUUGAUAUUAUGCAAAACAAGGUGCUUAAAUCCCUUCCCUGAUCUACUGUCAUAAUUCUUCUAAUGUGUCCCGAUUCUGGAAAAAGCACAGUACUUUUUUCUUUCAAUUGUUUCAAUUCAAUUUAUCAAUCACACGAUCUUAACUUAACAUUACAUCACUUUCCAGUAGAGCAAGAAUCCACUUGUAACCAAGAAGAUCGAAGAGGUUCAACGCGCGCAGUUGAACAUUCCAGUUCUAAAACAAGCCAUCACCAGUCUGCGCAAAACAGCUUGAUGCCUAAAAGUGCGCCAAAUAUAGAGCAAUAUCUGUCGUGCUCUCGCGCUCUCUCAUUUAUACAUGCUCGCAACGUGCUGUCAACGCGCUGG